GAGCGGGGGGCGCCGGGUAACGCCAUUUUCGCGUCAGUCUGGCAGCCAGAGCCGAGCAGCGCGCUGUCAACAUCCCGUCAACAACUUGGACCCUGGCUCAGCCAAGCAGAAGACGUGGUACUGACCCGUUUCUGCCAUGGAACCGAGGCAGAGCCGGCUUUUGUUGGACGGUGCCGACUGAAGCCGAUGCUGUGACAGCCAUGGCGCAUUGAAGCUCAGCGCCAGGAGGACUGGAAACUGCAUUUCUCCAAGUGCUGUUGAGUCUUCUAACGACCUUGUCUGUGAUAAACGACACUUUGACUUGUGCAAGACGUGAUUUAGAAAGUCAACAGACGAGUGAAGCAGGAGCUACUUUGGCAACGGAUGUAAGAGAGAACGGAUGCGUGAGGACAUGUCCAGCAUGGUGUGUGUGAAGGAGGAGGAGGAUCCUGGGGAGAAGCUGUCCCAGGAUGAGAUCAUCUGCCGAACCAAACAGGUGAUCCAAGGACUGGAGGCUCUGAAGCAGGAGCACCACUCUAUCUUGGACGGCCUGCUCGGCACACUGCGAUGCCUGAAGCAAGACGAAGAAGGGGUGCUGGUGGAGGAGAAGUCCCACAUGAUCCGCAAGUCCUUGGAGAUGUUGGAGUUGGGACUGGGAGAGGCACAGGUGAUGAUGGCGCUGUCAAGUCACCUAAGCUCAGUAGAAUCCGAGAAGCAAAAACUCCGCGCUCAGGUCCGUCGGCUGUGCCAGGAGAACCAGUGGCUGAGAGACGAGCUGGCCGGGACCCAGCAGAAGCUACAGAAGAGUGAGCAAAGUGUUGCCCAGCUGGAGGAGGAGAAGAAGCACUUGGAGUUCAUGAAUCAGCUGAAGAAGUACGACGAGGACCUCUCCCCCUCUGAGGAGAAGGACUCUGACUCGAGCAAAGAGAAUCUGGACGAUCUGUUUCCUGAUGACCAGGACGACCAAGGCCCUGGCAUUCAACCAGCUCAUAGCAGUGCCGCAGCAGCCGCCGCCCAGCAGGGAGGUUAUGAGAUCCCAGCCCGACUGAGGACCCUCCACAACCUGGUGAUACAGUACGCCUCCCAGGGACGCUAUGAAGUGGCCGUGCCCCUUUGCAAACAAGCCCUAGAGGACCUGGAGAAGACCUCCGGGCAUGACCACCCUGAUGUGGCCACCAUGCUCAAUAUUCUCGCGCUUGUUUACAGGGAUCAGAACAAAUAUAAGGAGGCAGCUAAUCUGCUGAAUGAUGCUCUGGCUAUCAGAGAGAAAACCCUGGGCAGAGACCAUCCUGCUGUCGCUGCUACUCUCAACAACCUGGCCGUUCUCUAUGGGAAGAGGGGGAAGUAUAAGGAGGCGGAGCCUCUGUGCAAGAGGGCGCUGGAGAUCCGAGAAAAGGUGUUGGGGAAGGACCACCCGGACGUGGCCAAGCAGCUGAACAACCUGGCUUUACUGUGUCAGAACCAGGGCAAAUACGAGGAGGUGGAGUACUACUACAUGAGAGCACUGGAGAUCUACCAAACCAAACUGGGCCCAGACGACCCCAAUGUGGCCAAAACCAAGAACAACCUGGCUUCCUGUUACUUAAAGCAAGGUAAAUUCAAGCAAGCCGAGACUUUGUACAAGGAAAUCCUCACCCGGGCUCACGAGAGGGAAUUUGGCUCUGUGGAUGAUGAAAACAAACCAAUAUGGAUGCAUGCCGAAGAGCGAGAGGAACAGAGCAAGGGAAAGCAGAAGGAUGGCUCGCCUUUCGGAGAGUACGGUGGCUGGUACAAAGCUUGUAAAGUGGAUAGCCCGACGGUCACCACCACCCUGAAGAACCUGGGUGCUCUUUACAAGCGACAGGGGAAGUUUGAAGCUGCUGAGACUUUGGAGGAAGCUGCCAUGCGCUCCAGGAAGCAGGGCCUGGACAAUGUGCACAAGCAGCGCGUGGCUGAGGUGCUGAGCGAACCCGAGGCCCGCGAGAAGCAACGCAGCCGCGAGAGCUUGAACUCGGACACGGUGAAGUACGAAAGCGGGCCCGACGGCGGCGAGGAAGUGAGUAUGAGCGUGGAGUGGAACGGGGACGGCUCCGGCUCGCUCAGGAGAAGCGGCUCCUUCAGUAAGCUCCGCGCGUCGAUCCGCCGCAGCAGCGAGAAACUGGUCCGGAAGCUGAAAGGCGGCGGCGGCGCUUCAAGAGACAAUGAGCCCAAAAGCUCCGGCAUGAAGCGAGCCAGCUCACUGGGCGUUCUUAACGUGGUGGACGUGGCGGCCGGUCAACACUACCAAAAGCGAAAUAAUCAUCUGAGGAAGAGUCGUGACCUGAGCGCCAGCCACACUAACCUGGCGCGUUGACGGUGCUGAAGACCUCAACCAAACUUUGGACCCUCCUGGAUGUAAAUAUGUGUGUUAUUGUUCUGACUGCAGUGACUUUGUUACACUGAGACCUCUUGAAAUACUUGUGUUCAAGUAAUGUGGCCCAAAAUACAGCGGGCGCUUUGGCGUUGAGAGCCAGAAGUGACGUCCUGGUCACAUAAAAUUCUUAUUCUAUUCCUAAACACUUUCAUGACUGCAGCAAACUGUUCUGAAGCUGAUGACGGUUUCUCUGCUCAGGGUUUCCUCUGCACACUUACACUGAACUCGGUCAAUGUUGAAUUGUGUUUUUAAGCGCGUGUUUUGGUUACGUUUCUUUAUUUAAAUGCUUAAAGCUGCACAUCUGCAUGAACAAGAAGCGCACUGAUAGAACAAGGGGCACGGUUGGAAGGAGCGAAAUGGCGUCACUGGUAGUUGGGCGACAUCUGGUGGUGCGUUUAUACACUGCAUCCGCCUUUCUUGCGUUUGAUACGGUAGAACUUCCUCCAGUACUAAAUUAUAAAUCCAAAAAGAGUCUUCUUCUUCACAUACGUUUUGAUGAAAUCCAAGCAAAACAGUUUAAAAAAAAAAAAAAAGCUGUCAUAAACCUCAUAAAAGAUAAAUACGAUGAUAAAUCAAGACAUAUCAAUUUGUUAAAAGUGUUGUUAUGUGAAAAACUAAAAAGCUACAGCUAACUAUGCCUGUAAAGUGCUAGCAUGAAGAUCAAACAAGACAAAAAUGUACACUUCUGCCUGUUGAAUAUGUUGACACGAAUGGUCACUUUUGGUUUAACUGAAAAAAAAGAGAAAAGUUAAAGCUCAAAAUGAAAUCUCUAUUUUCCUGUUAAACAUGGGAUGCUGUUACAAUAAUUGUAUUAAACGGUGAACAAUUAAUAUUUUUGAUGUGAGACAAAUGUUGCAGGUAAAAUGUGGUGAAUGAGAACAAAUGGAAUGUUUAUAUUAUAUUUGAAGUCGAUGAAGAAACAAUGCGAAGUACAUGGAAUGCAAUAUCUUGGUUUGAAAAAUGGGUAUAUUGUGUGCAGGGAUGUGCAAUAAGGUUCUGCUUUGCUUUUAGACAUUUGGAUCCUGGUUUAACUGAAGUAACUGUGGAUGUUUGCAGAUUUUAUAUCCUUCAUUAUGCUGAUUUUAUCAUGAAGAUGUUGACUAUUACACCCCCCAGUAAAAAUAUAAAUUCCUGGAAUGUAAAUAAAGCAGAUGAUCUAAGGACUUGAAUAAUAUCUGUGGUUUUCUCUUUGUUGGAUGAAGGAGCGACCAGUUGUUUGAGAGAUAUUUGUUGACUGUUGAUCAGUCUCCCAGCAAGCUGCUUCUUUUGUCGCCAAUCAUGUCUUAAAUGUAACUUUGUAAAGCAACGUGGCACAUAAUGUAACAGCCGUUGGUGGUGAUCGGAUUAGGAAACACUCACCUUCUUGUUUAAAGAGCUGAAUGUAACGGAAACUUCACUGCUUUUCUAAAUGAAAAAUCGACUUUGUGGUUUUGAAUUGACUUAUUUUUAUUUGUAAAACUCAUGCAGCCUCUUAGCUAAAUUUACAAGGCCUGUCUGAAGUGUAAAACUUUUUCUGCAGAUGGUUUUUGUUGUUCCAUGUCCACCUUUAUUGUUAUUGAAGAAUAAAUGGUCCAACUAU